AAAAUCUUAGUGAUGAACAAAUUGUUAAUUUAGUACAAUCUGAAAAAAAAGAAGAAAAUGAAGAAAGUGAUAGCAAUGAUGAAGAGAUACUUCCAGUAUCAGUUAAAAAUGUAGUUAGUGGGAUGAUAUCUUUACGAAACUAUCAUUUAUCACAAUUAUUAUUUAAAACUAUUAAAAUAUCUAAAAUAUCUUCAUUUUCUUCAUCACCUUUUUCUUCGCUCAAUUCACUUAAAUCAUACAAAUCAUUUCCCCCUAUACUUAAUCCUUUUAAAACUCAUUCAAGGCAUAUAAAAACUUCUAUUUGUCAUUAUGGAAGGUUUGUAAAAGAACAAAAAAGACCGGAACCUAAAACGAAACGGCCUGAAGACUUUGCGGUUUUGGGUAUUAGGGAACCAAUAUGUAGAGUACUAGAAAGUAAAUUUAACAUAAGAAAACCUACUGAAUGUCAAAAAAAUUUAAUCCCAACAAUUCUUCAAGGCAAAGAUCUUCUUAUAAGAGAUGUUACUGGAUCCGGAAAAACAUUUGGAAUAGUUUUAGCUUUACUUAACAAAACCAGAAAUCAACAACUUUUUGUGGCUAGAACUGAUUCAACUGAUGAAUCACAACAAAUACAUGAUUUACUUAAUUCCCCUCCUCAUAUUUUAGUUGGAACUGCUACUAGACUUCAUGAUUUAAUGAAUGGAAAAUAUUUAAAUUUUAAAAAUUUAAAAACUUUUGCUUUAGAUGAAGCUGAUCAUUUAUUCAGAUUACCUAGAAAACAUGCUACAUUAAAAGAUAUUCAAAAUAGACAAUUACAUCCUAAACCUACUGAAUUGUUGGCUCAAUAUAUUUUUAGUCAAGUUAGACCACAGAUUAUAGUUUCUUCUGCUACUCUUAAUCGAUCUUUAAGAUAUUAUUUCAAAGAUAAUAAAUAUACCGAAAAUCCUGUAUUUAUUGAUAUUUCGGAAGGAACUUUAUCUCCUCCCACAAUUGAACAUCAUUGUUUAUUAAUUUCUAAUAAAGAAAUUAAAAAUCUUACUUCUGUUGAAUUUACUUGGUAUAAUCCAUUUAUUGAUGAUAGAUUACCAACAAAAAAUGAAGAAUUUGGUGAUGAUGAUGAUAUAAUGUUGGAUAGUUUAGUUGGUGCAAUUGAAUUAGAAAAUAUUAAAUGUGGUUUAAUUUUUGUUAAUAAUCAAAUUAAAUUAACAAAUAUAGUUAAAAGAUUAAAAAAAUUUGGUGUAGAAACAAAAGAAUUAGAAAAUUCAUUUUUAGAUAAAAAUAUCAAAGGAUUACCUUGGAAUCAUGCAUUAGGAAAACCUACCCAUAAAUUAUUUGUAGCUCAUGAAUUUACUGCAAGAGGAAUUGAUAUUCCUUUAAUAUCACAUGUUUUUAUUUUAGGAAUGCCAAGUUCAUCAAUUGAAUAUUUACAUAUGUCUGGAAGAACGGGAAGAAUGGGAAAUGGUGGAAAAGUGAUAACUUUUAUAAAAGAAGGGCAAAAAAGAUUAAUUAAAACUUUGUUUACAUUAUUAAAAGUGAAUCCCGCUCCAUAUCCAUUUAUACAAUAA